AUGCCUAAGAGGAUUGGUUCUUUACCAGAUGAAGACAUUUUUAUCACGAUCGUCCGUGGGCUAGGGCGGGCUAGGAUGAUCAGGGAAGUGGUUAGAGUUCUUGAUAUGAUCGCCAAGUUUGGCAAGGCUGCGCCGUCUUUGAAAUUAUUGAACUCGAUUCUUGAUGUUUUGGUGAAGGAAGACAUUGGUAUUGCUAGGGAGUUUUAUAGGAAGAAAAUCAUGGGAACUGGUUUGAAAGGUGAUGAUUACACUUAUGGGAUUCUGAUGAAAGGCUUUUGCUUGAUGAUGGGGAUCGGGGAUGGGUUUAAGCUGCUGCAGGUGAUGAAGAAUCACGGUGUCGAUGUUAAUGUAGUUGUGUACAACACUUUGAUUCAUGCCCUUUGCAAGAAUGGGAAGGCUCUGGUGAUGUUGGAGAAGUGUUUUGGCAACGGCUUUGUGCCCGAUGUCGUUGCCCUGACUAAGUUGAUGGAGAUUCUAUGCAAAGAGGGGCGGAUUUCAGAGGCGGUUGAGGUGAUGGAGAGGGUGGAGGCGAAGGGAGGGACUCACGACGUUGUUGUGUACAAUACUUUGGCGAAGGGUUUUGUGAAGGCGGGAAAUGUUAGAGGAGGGUGUGGAUUGAUUAGGCAAAUGGAGGUGAAGGGAUGUCUGCCCAAUACAGAGACCUACAAUGCUCUGAUUUUAGGUUUCUGUUUCGGCUCUUGA